AUGAGUUGGAUUUGCAGAUCUAAGGCUGCCCCUAAUGAGCCGACGGUUUUGGACAAGGAACAGAUUUUUGGUAUGGCCGAGAAGGAGAUGGAAUACAGGGUUGAGUUGUUCAACAAGCUUACCCACACAUGUUUCAACAAGUGCGUCGAGAAGAAGUACAAGGAGUCUGAGCUAAAUAUGGGUGAAAACAGUUGCAUUGAUCGGUGCGUGUCAAAAUACUGGCAUGUAAGUAUCUAUCUGUUUCAUAUGAUUUUAGUGCUAGUGUAUUGGAUUACGUUAUAAGAACAAUCCCAGUCAUCCUUCAAAUAUUUUUAUUUCUUCA